UCGUCUUCAAGCCUUUUUAGACCACUGACACGUCGUGACAGUUCCCUUUCCCUACGGUGCCCUUCCGUGUCCUACCAGAGCGAAAUUCUUCAGUAUAAUAUUCCAGCUGGCCGUUUCUCCGUGACGGCUACUCUCCUAUUUCAAAAUGGCUACCGAAGUUGUUGCACCUACUAUCAAUGGUUCCUACGCUGGACAUAGCGAGGAUCCAUCCGCCAUCAUUGCCGCCAAUCAUGGCGAUGCCACUACCACCACCGCUGCCGACGGGGGAGACAAGCCGUAUCCCGCCGAGCAGGUCGCGUGGCUGUUCUUGGAGCAAUACUACACCACUCUCAGCCAUGACCCGGAGAAGCUAUACCUCUUCUACAACAAGCGGUCUCAAUUCAUCUAUGGCAUCGAAGAGGAGAAGGUACCGGUGUGCAUCGGACAGCGGCAAAUCAACGAACGCAUCAAACAGAUCGAUUGCCAGUUCGCCAAGGUCCGCAUCACGAACGUCGACUCGCAGGCCUCGGACAACAAGAUCCUCAUCCAAGUUAUUGGCGAGAUGUCCUUGAAGGCGUCGAACAAGGCGGAGCCCCCGCGCCGCUUUGUGCACUCUUUCAUCCUCGCGGAGCAAAGCAACGGCUACUUCGUCCUCAACGAUAUAUUCCGUUCCCUCAAAGAAGAUGAUGAAGAAUAUGGAGAAGAGCCUGCUGCAGUUGCCGCUGCUCCUGCUGAGGAACCCGUCACUGCCCCAGAGCGAGCAGUUGCUCCGGUCUCGGAGCCGACCAAGGCUGACGAUAGUGCCGAAGGCGCCGUCAAAGAGGAAGCUCCCGCUAAAGAAGCUCUGGUGAACGGGAACGGGAAAGUUGGGCAUGAACCCGCUGCUCCCCAACCCGAAGCUGCCCCCUCUGUUCCGGAGCCUGCCGUCGAAACCCCCAAGGAGGUCGUGGAGCCCGUGAAGCCCAAGGAGCCCGAACAAGCUCCUGUCCCGACCCAGCCGAAACCGGCUCCUGCGGCAACCCCAUCGGCACCACCUAAGCCUGCUGCACCCAAAACCUGGGCUUCAUUGGCUGCAUCUGCCAACAAGGUCGCUACUCCCGCGAUCUCGGCGUCCGUAGGCCAAGCACGACCUGCUGCUGCUCCAAAGGCUGAGGCCACUCAUGGUGCGCCCACCGCCGGCAACGGUCCUUCAGCUUCCUCCCCCUCCGCAUCCAAGAAGGACACCCCUACCGACACCGAGUCCGCCGAGGGCUGGCAAACUGCCGGAACCGAUCAUCACAAGAAGACAAACCGACAAUCCACAGCGCAACCCGCCGGUGCCGCUCCCGCCGAUUCGCAAGUUGCUCGUGCCUACAUCAAGAACGUCUACGACACCGUCGGGGAGGAAUCGCUCCGUGCGGCGCUUGAGAAGUUCGGCAUCCAAUACUGCGAUAUCAGCCGCCCCAAGAACUGCGCUUUCGUGGAUUUCGCGACGCAGGCCGGCUUCAACGCGGCGGUCGCGGCGAACCCGCACCAGGUUGGCACCGAUCAAGUUUACGUGGAAGAGCGUCGGGUCCGGCCCGCGAGCGGCUUCUUCGGUGGCCGUGGGAUGGGAUCUCGCGGCCGCGGCGGUAUCGAUCGGGGCCGCGGUGGCGUGCAGGGAGGCAGGGGCCGUGGAGGUGUGCAGGGCGGCCGUGGCACUGGCGGAAGAGGUGGUCAAGGAGUGACUGCCUAGAAACCAUUAAAACUUUGGCGUCUGAGCUAUCAUGAGGAGCGACAUCGAUUCGUCACGCAUAUUACGGCCUCGUCUGAAACGAUGGAAGCGAGGCGCUGACUCUCGCACCGAUUCCAAGAUUCCUGAUUUUCCUCCCCACCACGUCGAUGCGCCUUACCGUUCGUCUGCUUCUAAUUCCCUUUUCUUUGCUCU